AUGACUAUCCUCAUUACCGGCUCGUCAGGGAAGACGGCGCGCCCGCUGACAGCCCUCUUGAAAUCCACUGUCCAACUUCUCAUUGCCUCGAGGUCCGGCAAAGAAGUAGACGGUAUCCCUGCUGUGAAACUCGACUGGUCAGAUACAGCUACGUACGCAAACCCAUUCGAACACCCGCAGGCCCAGUCCGAUCCCAUUCAGGCAGUUUACCUCGUGUCGCAGCCGGGCAAUGUCGACCCAUCAAGAGCCUUGAACCACUUCAUCGAUGUUGCCCAGGCCCAUGGUGUUCGGCGCUUUGUGCUUCUCAGCGCUAUUCGUGAGGACGAGUCAACUUCAGGCACUGGCAAAGCACACGCCUACCUCAAGGGACUCGGCGUUGAGUGGGCGGUGCUUCGACCGACUUGGUUUAUGGAGAAUUUCUCCGAACAGCACCACUAUCCCACCAUCAAGAAGGGAUCAGAAUUCUACUCGGCGACAGGAGAGGGGAGGAUCUCGUUUGUCUCAACAGAAGAUGUUGCUGCUGUGGCUUACCAAGCACUCAUGGCCAUACAACCGCCUAAUCAGGACUAUAUCAUCGUCGGAGGCGAACUUUUAUCUCAUGAAGAUGUAGCAGUACUUUUCACCAACAUUCUGGGCAGGCAGGUACGUCAUGUGGCAAUCUCUCCGGAGCAGCUUGUUCAGAGAUUCACGUCAUUCGGCUUGCCAGCGACGUACGCAAAGAGACUGGCUGAUGGUGAGAAUCGAGCUCGACGCGGUGAGUUCGCCAUACUAAAUGACGUGGUGGCGGAGGUGACUGGACGACCACCAAUUACGUUGCAGGAGUAUAUUCAGAAGAACAAGCAGGUGUGGUAG